GACUUGAACAAUAAUAAAAUGUCAAGUCUCUUUAGCAUUUGUGCCAACGAUGGCGGAUGCUAGCUCUGCUCAUUUGACUGCAAUGCGUCCCUUAUCCCGCCACGUAGCAGUGAUCGGCGCCGGUGCCAGCGGUUUGGUGGCUGCACGUGAGCUUCGGCGGGAAGGUCACAACGUCGUAGUGUUCGAGCAAGGAGACCAAUUGGGUGGCAAUUGGGUGUACACCCCAGAAGUGGAGUCCGACCCAAUUGGUCUUUACCCAAACAGAACCAUAGUCCACUCCAGCAUGUACCAGUCUCUCAGGACUAACCUCCCCAGAGAGAUCAUGGGGUUCCGGAACUACCCAUUUGCGGCCAAGGGAGAAGAUGAAGAGAGAGACCCCAGAAGGUUUCCGGGACACAGAGAGGUGUUGAAGUACUUGAAUGACUUCGCCGGCGAGUUUGGGAUUUGUGAGAUGGUGAGGUUUGAGACUGAGGUGGUGUUCGUAGGUUUGGUGGAGGGUGGCAAGUGGAUGGUGAAGUUCAAGAGCAAGACAAGUGAUGAGGGUUUGGAAGAGAUUUAUGAUGCUGUGGUCGUUUGUUGUGGGCAUUAUACUCAGCCUCGUGUAGCAGAAAUUUCAGGUAUCACUACGUGGAAAGGGCGGCAAAUUCACAGCCACAACUAUCGAACUCCUGAGCCGUUUCGAGAUCAGGUUGUAAUUUUGAUAGGGAGCUCCAGUAGUGCUACUGAUAUCUAUCGGGACAUCGCUGGAGUUGCCAAAGAGGUUCACAUUUCAUCUAGAUCUAUUGCUUCCGAAACCAAAGAGAAGAAGCCUCACUUUAAUACGAUGCGGCUUAACACUAUGAUUAAUAGUGGCUAUGAAAACAUGUGGGUUCGCUCUAAGAUUAAAAGUGUCCAUGAAGAUGGUAGUGUUGUUUUCAUAAAUGGGAGUGUUGUCGUCGCUGACACCAUUCUUCAUUGCACAGGGUACAAAUAUCAUUUGCCUUUUCUUGAAACCAAUGGCAUUGUAACCGUGGAUGGAGAUGACAACCGUGUCGGCCCACUGUUCAAGCAUGUCUUCCCGCCUGCCUUGGCACCGUCGCUUUCUUUUGUUGGGGUUCCAUGGAAGACCGUUCCUUUCCCCAAUUUUGAACUUCAAAGCAAGUGGAUAGCAGGAGUUUUGUCGAAUCGAAUUGCGCUUCCAUCCAAAGAGGAGAUGAUGAAGGAUGUUGUUAGUAUAAAAUAUUGUUGGCAUUCCAAAACCUACUAUACCAGCCGUGUGAAGUAUAAGGAAGUGUGAAGUAUAAGGAAUUGUUUCAAAGGAAGUGUGGUGUGGUUGCUUUGCUCUUUCGUACGUGUUGAAGAAUUGGUGGCUUUUUUUAGCAUGCAAGAUUGUUUAAUUGUAUUGUGGAGAAAAUGCUGUCAAAAGAAUAUUGCAGCUUGCUGCAAUGAUCAAAAGGUGAAGAAUAUUACUGUACACCUCUUCUCCUUCACAUGAUCAUUCCUUCUGUUGAAAACCAAAAAAAAAAGGAAGUACAUGAGAACAUGCUAUGAAAGAGAAAAGGAAGAACAUGACAACGUGGUUUUCCAUUUCUUCUUAUGGAAACAUUGCUGUCAAAGAAGAAAGUAGGAAGCAACUACAUCUGGUUGCCAGCCAUCUCAUCUUGCCCACUCAAUGCAAUAUCCCCUUGAGAUGGAUCCGGUGCCUUGGUGAUUUGUUAGUAUUAACAUAUUGGCAAGGAGAGGCAAUAUCCCAUUGAGAUGGAUCCGGGUGAGGAAGAAAAUCUUGGAGAGGUAAUUAAUAUCCCAUUGAGAUGGAUCCGGGUGAGGAAGAAAAUCUUGGAGAGGUAAUUAAUAUCCCCUUGAGAUGGAUCCGAGUGAAGAAGAAAGGUGAAAGCAACCAUAUCUUUUUCUUGCUGUCCACUCAAUGCAAUCAUGAAGGCUUUGCUGUCGAAGAUCAAAGUUGGAGACAAUUGCAGCUAGGUUCUCUAUCUUAGCUCACUGUCCGGUCCCUCCUCGUGACUCUACUCCAACCAAGCUGAAUGAGUCUUGGUUAUUCUUCCUCCUAUAUAUAUAGGAGUUCUGUGGUUCUUCUUUGUAUUGAAAUAGUUCAGGCUUUUCAAUCACUUUGUUCUAAAAGAGUUGAUCUCUUUGUUUCUUAUGUUUUGUCAAACUGUUUUGUUCCAUGAUUGAAAAUAGUUUGUGAAACAACUAGUGAGUCUGUCCAGGAAUGAUUGCCGAGGUUAGUGCAAUCUCAGAGUUGUAAGUUAGUCAGUUCAGGAGGGAUUGCCGCGGUCAGUGCAAUACCUGAGUUGUAACUUUGUAAUCUGUUUUGAUUAGUGAAUCAUUGGGUUCUCAAGAGUUAGAGCCCCGCAGUGUUUUUGAUCUCAAUUGAGGUUUUCACUGCGUGACCAA